AUGCCGACGCUGGCCGGACGGGAUUGGGAUGAGUCGUCCGCGCACGUUGCCCGUUUCUUCCGUCCGGUGCGGUUCGGUUCGCUAACUGGUCUUGGCGCAACGCUGACAACGUACGGACGGGGGUGCUUGUUCAAUUCUUCGCAGGUGGCGAGGACGACGGCCAAGAAGGCGCCGGCGGGAUCCCUGGCGGCGGCGGCGUCCCCGCCGGCGACGCCGCCGCGGCCGGGGUUCCUGUACAGCGCGGCGCCGCCGCCGGUGCCCUACGUCUGGGGCUCCUGGCCGCCGAGCGCCGCCGCCGCCGCAGGGUACGAGCAGCACGGCAGCCCGCCGCCGCCGCCACUCUGCCUGCAGCCCUGCGCGUGGUACUACCCGGUCGUGGCGACGGACCCGCGCGGGUCGCCGUCGUCCGCGUACCCGCAGCAGCAGCAGCAGCCGGCGGUGGCGUUCCAGGACCCGCGCGGCGCGACGGCAGAGCCCGCGGGUAGCCCGGCCGGUGGCGGCGCGACGGCGGCGGAGGAGGACACCGACGACGACCCCUGCUCGCUCACGCUCGGCCUCGACGUCGACAACCGGAGCGCGCCCGUCAGCAUCCUCGCGGGCUCCGGCCGCGCGGCAGCGCAGCAGGCCGACAGGGACAAGGCGGCCACGGCGGCGGAGGCGAGGAAGCGGAGGAAGGAGCUCACCAAGCUCAAGCACAUGCACGCCGCCUCCGCCGCCGCUGCCCCCCGCCCCGGUGGCGAGCAGUGGUAGGGCGGAUUAUGGAAAUGGAAUGACAGGGCAUGCACGGCAUUGGUGACACGGUGGUGGUGACCCCCAUUGGUUUCCUCGGCGGCGAACUAAACAACUUCGUUCGUGGUCUCUUCUUUCGAUCCAUUGGUUUCUCAAGCGAGGCGGCAGCACGGCUUCAGUCAGGUUUCUCAAGCGCCCCAACCAAGGAUUUCAUUUCAGGUUUCAAGGAAAUGUUUUCUGUUUUUUUCUUCCUAGUAUUCUUUGCUGCAAUAUGUAACUGAAGAAAUUGAACGAGAGUGCUCAUCAGUCAGAGGUCGUGUAUAAUGUAACCAUUCUUUCUUUAGGAUUUUUAUACUACCAGCAAGCAGCAUCAAAGACAGUAGUACAAUAUGACAAAGAGUUACGUGUGGACUCGCUUAUACUUUCUACCAUUUCCUACAAACAUGACUAGAGAGUGCAAGAAAUCGCUUAUUUAGUUGUAAACUCCUACACGGUGUUGGGUGCUUCUACCAGUGUUUCGACGCAUGCGAAGUGUGUUGGCUG